AGUGUUAUUGAAUAAGUAAAUCAAUGAUGUUCUUCGUCUUGAGUAUCGCUGUCUUCCUUACCAGUGUAACUACUGGUCUCGUGAUGGCCCUAAGUGUAGCUAUCCCUAUCAUAGCCAUAGGAGUCUUCAGAGAUGUCGCCGAGAACUUGAACGAGAUCUUCCUGUCUAACACCUUUGACAUCAACGAUCUACUGGCUAAACUUGGGUUAUUGAUUGAGAAGGUCCCUAGUCGAGUGGUUAUCGACAGGAUUCCCCAGAAACCUCUGGUUAGUGUGGUACAGUAGACAUCUCUGCUGCUUCACCAUUCGUCAUGAUUUGUAUUUGUCUCCUGUACUACCGUUUUAGGGGUUAUCCUGAGAAGCACGUUCUGAUGACGGCAUAGUUCAAGUUGUUCUAAAUGUACAAUUAGAUGACAUAUCGUUUCUGUUAUCAUGAUCAGUAGUCUACCGUGGUAAUAGUGAUGCUACUGCUGGUUAUGUACCGCGAUGUAGUCUCAAUAUAAUCAUUCGAGUUAUUUGUUGUUCUUAUUAUUAUCUCCUAAUCUACUACGGCUGCUAUGACUAUUGGAACAUAUGUCGUUCCAUAGUGAGUGAGAAAUAUUACUGUCAGGCUGCUGUAACGAGUUACCACCAUUAAGUUCUGCGAUCAUAGUGUUCGAAGGCAUCGUGUGAUAUUAAGACUGUAUUAUCAUUACAGCUAGUUUAUCAACA